AUGGACCGUCCUGCGCAGCAACAGAGCGUGCCCAAACUCUACCGAAUCUCGACUCUCCGGGAGUUCCUACCCUUGUCCAGCGAUGAGAGAGAUUCUUCUCUGGCCUCCGCCCGCGGCUCCAACAUGGCCGGCUUGAUUCAAGCCAGCUCCGCUACCAAUCUCGCCGGCAUGCGAUCCAAAUGGCUGCCUCGACGGAACAGCAUCAGUGCUGCAGAGAUGCCCGCCCUGCGCCAGCGAUCCGAUUCCGAAAGCUCCCACGGCCUCGACCCGGCCUCAAAGUCAGCCUCACACAACCCCGGAGGUGUUGCCGGGUGGGGUGGAGGAGACGAUCAUUCUCGGCGGAUGAGUUACGCGGCUGAAGUGCUCAUGACACCGCAGGUGCGCAGUCAACGCUUGAUCGGAAACACGAAUCCGCGAUAUCGAUGGGAGCAGUAUUGGAAAUCAGAGGAUCAGUUGAGGAGGAUCAAGAAGAAGAGCAUACGACAAUACUACGAGCGGAACAACUACCUAGUGCAAAAUUACAUGUACAUUGAUCGAUUGCUGGAUAGCAGUCUCCCGCACGAUCUUAUUCAGGAGUACAAUCAUCCCUCACAUGAGAGCCCAUUGAUACAAGGGAACAAACCGAGCAGACAGCAGAAUGGAGGCCUGCAGUUUGAAUUACCAGAUUCCCAAUAUCCCGAGACAAUCGAAGAGGGCGAUGAAGAGCCACAGCAGCAGCGCUUGUACCUUGAGCGAGCAGGCUCAUUCGACAGUAUCCUGGCAGAUGGCGAAAUGUAUCGCGAUGUCGAGCCCGAACCACCCAAGCCGAAGGUGAAGCGGACACCAAAGGACAUAUAUUCGAUCAAAAAGCAACCCAGUGACAAUCAUCAGGCGACCGAGGAAGAACCUCUUCUCCGCACUAACACCAGAGGUGACCUGGAAGAACAGACAAUGCCUCCAGACCUUGAGUUUGAAGACGAAGCCUCUUCAUCAUCUCGCAUCGUCCAAAUCGCAAUCUGGGUCAAUCUCGUAGCCAACACAGCACUUCUGGCCAUGAAGAUUGUUGUCGUGCUGUUGAGUUCUUCGGUUUCCGUGCUUGCAUCACUUGUGGACGCCGCGCUUGACUUCCUCAGUACCGCCAUCGUUGGACUGACUACCUGGCUCAUAUCCCGAACAGAUCAGUAUGCCUAUCCAACCGGCCGUCGGCGUUUGGAACCGGUUGGUGUACUGGUCUUCUCUGUCAUCAUGAUAACGGCGUUCAUUCAGGUCCUGUGGGAGGCUCUUAGCAGUCUCACCAACGGCAAGCAUGAGGUCGUUGAGCUAGGAACCCCGGCUAUCGCAAUCAUGGCCAGCACGGUCGUGAUCAAGUUCGCUUGCUGGCUGUGGUGUCGUCUCAUUAAGAACAGCUCCGUCCAGGCCCUUGCACAAGACGCCAUGACGGAUGUCGUCUUCAACUUGUUCUCUAUCAUCUUUCCACUCAUCGGCUUCUAUGCUAGGAUCUGGUGGCUCGAUCCUGUGGGCGGUAUCUUCCUCUCCCUCUACGUCAUCAUCAAUUGGUCCCGGACGGCCUCAGAACAUAUCACCAACUUGACCGGCGCAUCUGCUUCUCCGGACGAGCGCAAUAUCUUACUGUAUCUCACGAUGCGCUUCGCUAAGACCAUACGCAGGAUUCAGGGGUUACAGGCAUAUCAUUCGGGUGAUAAGUUGAAUGUGGAGGUCGAUAUUGUGCUGGAUGAGGAUACGAGUCUGAGAGACUCUCAUGAUCUCGGCGAGAGUCUGCAGUAUGUCAUUGAGAGUGUGCCGAACGGUAAGUCACAAAGGUCUGGAUGAAAAGCAUUGUUGUGGUACUGACGCGCUCCGCAGUUGAUCGAGCGUUCGUGCACAUGGACUACGCGGAUUACAAUUUACCCAGCCAUAUGCAGCAAGACUCGUAG